UUCCUUGAACUUUCGUAUUUUCUCCUUGUGCAAUAACUCAUUCGUAUGGCCUCAGAAAACGGUUCAAACGAUCAGAUUCUCAUGUACGCGGGCUAUAUCUUAAUUGCCUUGGCCGUUUUAUUCAUCAUCCUCGUAUAUCUAUACAAGAAGGGAAAGAAAAAACAAGAAAAUCUCGAAAGUGGUGCCGACAUAAACAAAGUAGCAGCAGCAUUCCAUGAUAAUAGUGCUGCAAGCAAACCUAGUUUCUCGACAGUGGAAUUGAAGGCAGAAACGGCUACUUCAGCUGAUUAUCAGAGCGGAAUGGUUUCUUCGUCUUUAGUGGUUCUGACGAGCCCGGAAGUAAACGGGCUGAGAUUCGAGGAUUUGCUAAAGGCACCUGCUGAGCUCAUCGGACGAGGCAAACAUGGGAGUGUGUACAAGGUUGUGUGUGAGGCUCAGGGAAUGAAUCUUGCUGUGAAGAGGAUUAAGGAUUGGACAAUAUCAAACGAUGAUUUUAAGCAGAGGAUGACGAGGCUUAAUCGUGUGAAGCAUCCGAAUGUUUUGCCAGCUGUCGCUUUCUAUAGCUCGAAACAAGAGAAGCUUCUUGUUUAUGAGUAUCAGAAGAACGGAAGCCUUUUCCGACAAAUCCACGCCCACGGUAAUUUUAUUAAUAUAUUUUUGCUAGCAUCGUUCGGAUUUCAAAUAUUAUUUUUUACCCUUUUUUCGGUUCGAAUUUUGGAACUUUGA